AUGGUUCCGAACCUUUCUGUUUUCAAAUAUCCCCUUGGAGUUAUCCGAGUGGUUGAGUUCCUAUUCAUUGUUUUGGCGAUAGCUGCAGUGAAUAGUUGGUCAGUGACUGUGAAUGCUGAUUGUCCUGUUCAACCAACAAACAAUGAAUCAAUUAAAGUUCAUAUUGAGGCUCGCACGUUCACACUAAGCGACGUGAAAGUUCAGAACUGCAACAAGACGGAGGUUACUUUCUGGAAAUCAGAUAAUAAUGCUGGAGGUAGCGCUGGAUUUUUCUACUUUACAAACGUUACGGCACUCAUAUACGUUCUCGUUAUAACUUUCAUAUAUGUUAUUUUCUGGGAAGUAUAUCAACACGAGAAACGUCUUGCAUUAGCCGAUCUUGCAAUCACUGCUCUGUUGUUUGUUUUCUUUUUCUUCUGUUCUUCCAUUUGGUGGGCUGGAUCUAACACCUUAGGGUCUGCAACAAGUGAAAAGACCAUAAACGAACUCCUAACUGUAGACGGAUUCUGGGGACACGGAGGUCCAACACUUUCCGCAAGUCGAGAUACGAACAACGGAAAACUGGUGAUAUCUGUGAUCUGCGACUGGGCUUGCGUUUUGCUCUUUGCGUUCAACUGCUGGUUCGUCUGGAAGGAAAUAGUACCCCGACCAGCAGAAAAUCCUAGUCAGAUUGCCUAA